UUCCAUGGCUGUGUUAAAAGAUACAGCGGUGCUGAUAUAAACAGGACACGUUGAAUUGUUUAGUGUGUAGACGUCAAGAAGGUGAAUGAAAUUUCAAAUGCUGAUUAUAUAAAAGUAACGAAGAUGGACAAAUCGCGUUACGAAACUAACAAAUUAGAAUAUCCGUAAUGACUAUCAUGGGAGAUAACUCAAGUUAUCACCAGAUUCGUGACGAAAUGAGAAUAAUGCCGAUAACAUCAGGUCAGGCCAAAUCUGCAAUAAGUGUUUCAUCUGGAGUCAUAUUUGCAAUAACUGUUAGGACUGUGAGGUACAGUAAAGCCAACAGGAAGCAGAUCUUGGCAGUGUGUUUUGUAUCUUUGCUACUUUUUGCUAACUUCAGGUACAAUCAGCCGUCUAAAUUUCGAUUCAGUAACAACAAUGUGAAUGCCGUGUGUACUCUGCCAGAAAUUGACCCCUUCGAUGAUGAGAUUAUGAAACUGAACUGGCAUCCACGGCCAGUCGUGUGUGAAAAUACUCCACCAUUCAUGUUUAUAGACAGAAAAGGUUUCAUCCAUUUAAACAGUACGACCUUAUCUUCAGAGAAGCUAUCAAACUCGGAUAUAGACUGCACUUACCAGCACGUGGAACGUCAGUUUGACGAUGACGUCAUAUUCAAAAAGGAAGUACGUUUCGUUGAACCAGAAUAUAUCGAAUGUGAUUUCGUGGUCGCCAGGUGUCGUGACAAAGGCGGUAAAAAGUUAUACGAAAGUUUACUUAUCAACGUAAAUCCCCACACCGACAAGAGCAUUCGCAAUGAAUCACAACAGCAAUUAAGCGUACUUGUAUUAGGAAUAGAUUCGUUGUCCAGAAACGGAGCUUUACGGAAACUUCCUAAAACAAUGAAAUAUUUUGAAGAUGUGUUGGGCGGAAUAUCAUUCAAAGGCUAUACCAAAGUGGGUGAAAACACGUUUCCUAAUCUAGUACCUCUUUUGACUGGAAAGAAAGCGGAUCCGAGAGAGUUGCCGCAUGUUUGGGGGCAACAUUAUUUUGACGAUUAUCCUCUUAUCCACCAUAACUUUUCCAGUGCUGGAUAUGUGACCCUGUACGCAGAAGACUGGCCAGCGUUCUCCACGUUUAACUAUGCAUCCAAAGGUUUCAUUGUCCCGCCGAGUGACCACUACAUACGUCCAAUGUAUCUAGGUAUGAAAAAAAUGCAACCUGUUGUGACUUCACUUGAUCAGGUUUUCCUCUUUCUUGAAGACAAAAAUAUAAAGAUGAAAUCAUCUUCACUGUGCUUUAAAAAUCAACUAAAACAUCAUAUGUUUCUGGAAUAUUUUAAGAGAUUUGUUGAUGUUUACAGAAAAAAGGCGAAGUUUGCUUUUACUUGGAUGAACGAAAUUAGCCAUGAUUAUUCAAAUUUUCUGGAGAUAGCCGAUCAAGAUUUUGUGGAUUUUUUAAUUUGGCUAAAGGAGGAUGGUCAUCUGAACAAUACUGUGAUGAUGCUAAUGAGUGACCAUGGAAGCAGGACAGAAGCGAUCAGGAACACCGCAGCUGGACGGAUAGAGGUUCGAAUGCCGCUUCUGUCUAUAGCACUUCCAGAACAUUUUAAACACCAACAUCCAGUCCUUGUGGAGACGAUGAUACAUAAUUCAAAGGUCAUAACAACGCCCUUUGACGUUUACGCGUUUAUGGAUGACGUUUUACACAAAAAGUUUGACAAUCAGUUGCAAUCAAUAAUAGACGGUAAACUUCCGCGGGGUAUUAGUCUUUUCCGGAAAAUUCCGAAAGAACGGACAUGCGCAGACGCAGGUAUACACGAGUUGUUUUGCGCAUGUUUUACAAGUCAUCCCGUUGAUAAAACCAGUAAACUUGUUUUAGAAAUAGCUAAUGCCAGCGUAACUAAAAUUAACGCCAUGUUGUCUGAUGUUAAACAUAAAUGUGCCGAACUGUCGUUUUCCCGGGUAGAAGAUGCUCAGUUGAUUGAAUCAAAUUUCAAACGUGCUGUAGAAAACGAGGAAUUCACUUUAAGAAAUCUUUUAUUCAAACCCAAAGAAAACAAAAGGAAAUAUCUGGUACUUUUUAAAGCUGCACCCAGCGGUGCUUUGUUUGAAGUGACAGCCAAUGUAGAGAAUGAUGACGUCAUAAAGUUGGGUGAUAUCAUCAGGACGAACAAGUAUGGAACUCAGUCACAGUGUGUUGAAGACCGUGUGCUACGGAACUACUGCUUUUGUAUUUGAAGUGCUAUUCCGAACAUAUUUUUAAAAACAAAAAGUCACUUUACAGUAUUACAGCUUUAUCAUAUGGCAAAGUCAGAACAGAUCUCAAAUCAGAUAUUCAAAUUUUGACUAUAGUCAGUAUUACAAACGUAAUUGUGUAAAUUAAAACAUCAUUUGUUUUUCUUUCUUAUUUUGAAAAAAGGCAUUUUAUUGGCCUGUUUUAAUUCUAUCGUCUCAUAACUUUUAGUAUUUAGUCUUUGUUUGUUAUAUCGAUUUUGAUUGGUUAUUGAGGCUACGUUAUAUGUGCACGUGCAUAUUUAGCGGUGAACUUAUUUUAGCGAUAAAGAUACAGUGUUAGUGUAUGAUUGAGCUAAUUACAGUAUCUGAAUACCAUCAAUGUAGCAAUUGUAACAAAAGCGCGAAAUCACCUCUGCGCUUAUAUGUUCAAAGUAUUCAAACUUAUUGAAAUCAUAAAUAAAAUUGCGAAGAGAUCGCACUCUACAUUGGUCUAGCUACAUUGAUGUGGUCUAGCUACAUUGAUGUGGUCUAGCUACAUAACAUUUUCUUCAUGUUUAUCUUUUGUAUGUAAUAUGACCUGUUUUUGUAAUUUAUUCUGUACUUGCGUACGACUUUUGGGCAGCAUCAAAGCUUACUUUUUUUACAAAUCAUUCCAAUGCAACAUAAUGACGUCAUUAUAUUGUGCAGACGUGUUAUGAGUGCCAGAGACAAUGCGACAUAUACAUAUGACGUCAUUAUAUUGUGUGGACGUGUUACGAGUGCCAGGGACAAUGCAACAUACAUCUUUGACGUCAUUAUAUUGUGCGGACGUGUUACGUGUGCCAGAGACAAUGUAACAUAUACCUAUGACGUCACUUUAUUUUGCGGACAUGUUACGUGUUACGACAGAUUUGUAAUGAAUAUGCAAGAAGGUUUUUGUGAAUGAAAACAGUUGAUAUUGACGACCUCGUGUGAUAUGCUGUAUUGUAUCGAGGAUUUCACGUGAAUGCUGAUGUAAUAUGAAUUAUUGCAAACCUUUAUGAAAAUGACACUUUAUUUCAUUUCAUAAAUUUCAUACCACUGACACAUGCUUUUAUUUUUCUCAUUGUUUUUUAAUAAUAAUUUUCAAACAGAUAAAAACCCUGAUCAGUGGUUAAGCAAAAUCAGAAAAGUAGUUCCUACUGCGAAAUAGGUAUGGAAUUGAAAUUAGAAGUCAUUUGCUGUCAAAAAGUCGGAGAAAAUCUUAACUAUAUAGGGAACAUUAAGAACGCACUGUUCUUUAUAUUUAAAAAUAACCCGUUUUUGGAAAGUUACAUUGAUUUUUCUACCAUUUUUAUCUUGACAGGGAUCAGUUUUCGAUCACAAUAGUUACCAUGACUUUGUGCAUAAAGUAUUGAUAUAUGAGCAGUUGAAACUCGCUAUUUGUAAACACACCUCUAUUUUAAACACGCCGCCAUCGAAAUUACGAUUGUAUAUUGGGGCUUUAACCCUUUUUUCCGAUUAAUCGAGCUUACAAAAACUUAGUCGAUAGCUUGAUUUUUGGUUGUAGUCGUUUUUUCGACUUUUUUCGGCUAUCGGAACACCACUAUAAAUAGAUAUACAAAUAUGACUUAUUUAGAAUAUAUUCUGGUUUGUCAGUGUGUGAUCAAUUAAUAUGACUUAUUUAGAAUAUAUUCUGGUUUGUCAGUGUGUGAUCAAUUAAUAUGACUUAUUUAGAAUAUAUUCUGGAUUGUCAGUGUGUGAUCAAUUAAUAUGACUUAUUUAGAAGAUAUUCUGGAUUGUCAGUGUGUGAUCAAUUAAUAUGACUUAUUUAGAAUAUAUUCUGGUUUGUCAGUGUGUGAUCAAUUAAUAUGACUUAUUUAGAAUAUAUUCUGGAUUGUCAGUGAGUGCUAUAUAAAUAUGACUUAUUUAGAAUAUAUUCUGGAUUGUCAGUGUCUAAUAUAUAAAUAUGACUUAUUUAGAAUAUAUUCUGGAUUGUCAGUGUGUGAUCAAUUAAUAUGACUUAUUUAGAAUAUAUUCUGGAUUGUCAGUGUGUGAUCAAUUAAUAUGACUUAUUUAGAAGAUAUUCUGGAUUGUCAGUGUGUGAUCAAUUAAUAUGACUUAUUUAGAAUAUAUUCUGGAUUGUCAGUGAGUGCUAUAUAAAUAUGACUUAUUUAGAAUAUAUUCUGGAUUGUCAGUGAGUGCUAUAUA